GAGGGAGCGGAGCUUAAGCCGAGGAAAGGAGGCGCUGCCGUUGCUGCUGCUGCUGCCGCUGCUGCCGUCGCCAGCCGGGGCAUCAUAAAUAAAUACGAGCGUAAAGGGGGGGGGUCCAUCGCGCGUGCACGAAGCCCCACUCCUCCCCCGCCCCUUGGCUUUCGUUCCCGAGCCGGCGCUUUUGGAAAAAGGAAAAAAAAAAAGGCUUUGACUCCAGCCUGGGAAUUCGGAGCUGGAGACGCCGCCGCCGCCGCCCGCACUGUGGACUUACAAUACCCCCGGCUCCUUCUCCUUCUCCUUCUUCUUAGCACCGGUUAAAGAGACGCCGAAGGAACAGACGGUGCAACUGCGCGGCUUUGCCCUCCUCAAUCCCCCCCCCCUCGGCGGGGUGGUCUUUUUUUUUUUUUUGCAAAGACUUUGGAUUUUCCUAUUAUUUUUGCACCCGAUCUUGGACUUUCCAGCACAGGCUUGGCCGGGAUCUGAAAAGAACCGGCACCCUCCAGCGCCAUGCCCCUAACCGUCCCGAGCUUGAGCUAUCCCAGCCGGGCGUACGAUUACGACUACGACUCAAUACAGCCCUAUUUCUACUACGAGGAUGAAGAGGAGAACUUCUACCUAUCGGGCCAUCACCGGGGCUGUGAGCUGCAGCCCCCCGCCCCGUCCGAAGACAUCUGGAAGAAAUUUGAGCUCCUGCCCACACCGCCCCUCUCGCCCAGCCGCCGAUCCAGCAGCUUCCCGUCCAAUGCUGACCAGCUGGAGAUGGUGACGGAGCUCCUGGGCAGCGAAGUGGUCAACCAGAGCUUUAUCUGCGAUCCGGACGAUGACGCCUUCGUCAAGUCCAUCAUCAUCCAGGACUGCAUGUGGAGCGGAGGCUCGGCGGCAGCCAAACUCCAGAAGGUGGUCUCGGAAAAACUUGCUUCCUACCAGGCAGCACGACGGGACGGGGCGGGGAGCCCGCUGUCCCUCCGCAGUGGGAACAGCAGCACGAGUGGCCUCCCACUGUCUUCCUCGCAGAGCUCUGCCUCUUCCCCCAGUAGCAGCUCCUACCUGCAGGACCUGGGAACCUCUGCGGCCGAGUGUAUUGACCCCUCCGUGGUCUUCCCUUAUCCAUUGGGGGAGAAGACCCCCAAAGCUGUAGAAGCUGCUGCCUCACCUGACCCAUGUCCAGCUUCCUUGCUCGGCCAAGAUACGCCCCCGACCACCAGCAGUGAUUCAGAAGAGGAAGAAGAAGAAGAACAAGAGGAGGAAGAAGAAAUUGAUGUGGUUACUGUAGAAAAAAGGCAGCCUUCAGCCAAGAAAUCCGAGUCCGCUGUCCACACAUCCGGGGGGCACAGUAAGCCCCCUCACAGCCCUCUGGUUCUCAAGCGCUGUCAUGUCCCAAUCCACCAACACAAUUAUGCUGCCCCUCCUUCCACACGCCACGAAUACAGCUCCACCAAAAGGCUAAAGUUGGACAAUGGUCGGGUUUUGAAACAGAUCAGUAACAACCGCAAAUGUUCGAGUCCGCGUACCUCAGACUCGGAAGAAAACGACAAAAGGCGAACGCACAACGUCCUGGAGCGACAGAGGCGGAAUGAGCUAAAACUGAGUUUCUUUGCGCUGCGUGACCAGAUCCCCGAAGUAGCGAAUAACGAAAAAGCUCCUAAAGUUGUCAUCCUUAAAAAGGCCACCGAAUAUGUCCUCUCCAUCCAAUCCGAAGAGCACAGACUCUUAGCGGAAAAGGAACAUCUGAGGAAGCGACACGAACAACUCAAAAACAAACUUCAACAGUUGAGGAACUCUUGUAUUUAAAAAAAAAAACAAUUUAAAUGUCUCUAUUAAUGUUAUUAACCGCUAUAAACAUUGGGAAGAGAAGUGGACCUAGAAAGGGUGAAAUAUCAACGUGACAUAAACGUAUUCAAAACUUUCAGCGCUUCUCAUGGACAAACAAGCCCACGUAAAUCUCAUAAUGGACUCCAUUUUGUAAAACCGCAGAACUCUUUGCGAAUGCAUGCCGAACAGCUGUCCAGCAUCUUAAGAACUGAUGAAAAUUUGGGGUGCAAGCUUAUGCUUGCCAAGGGGUGAGGGGGAUGUAUUGGAAGGGUGGGGGGGGGAUAAUGAAGUUUUUCCACUUUCUUUUUUGUAUUUAAAGCCAUUUUUUCUCUUAAAAGUGAUUUUGGACAGGCUUGCCCGUUAAUAAGUUCCUGUAAAUAUUUACACAGCCUAAUGAUAUGUAAAUAUCUUUAAUAAAAAAAAUCUUUAUAGAAAAGGUUAAAAAAAAAAAGAUCAGCAGAUCACACUUAAUGGUUGUGGCCACUGAAUUUAUAAAUUGUCUUGAAUUUUUUGGUGCCAUAACAUCUCUCACAGAUCAUUCUUAUUUAAAUACCUUUUUUGUCAUUUUUUUUUUUAAAAAAGAACUGAUUUUAUUUUGUGUUUAUAGAUAAAUAAACUAUUUCCCGUAAAAUUGUAA